AUGCGGUCUCCUUCUCUUGCACGGCUCCAAGUCCGUGCGGUAACUGGCUUGACCAGAUCAGCCCGUUUCCAGCCCCAGACUCUCCUGCGCCAGCGAUGCGCUUCCACGGCCGCGUUCCGGUCCGCCGCUAUUGCGCCGGCUUAUCAGUCGAAGUUGGGACAAUGGGAUCAGAGACGCAAUGCAUCUGCUACGGCUACUGCCAUUCUCGAGGCUGCUAAGGAGAAUCCCGAUGGCUUGUCCCAAGCCGCCAUUCUCGACAAUCUUGACCCGGUCGAGGCCGCUCGUCUGAACAGGUGUCGUAACAUUGGUAUUGCGGCCCAUAUUGACAGUGGUAAAACCACCUGUACCGAGCGAGUUCUUUUCUACACUGGUCGUAUCAAGGCUAUCCACGAGGUCCGCGGGCGUGACAGUGUUGGUGCUAAGAUGGACUCCAUGGAUUUGGAGCGUGAGAAGGGUAUCACUAUCCAGUCCGCAGCUACCUUCUGUGACUGGGUCAAGAAGGACAAGGAGGGCGUUGAGCACAAGUACCAUCUCAACUUGAUUGAUACCCCCGGUCACAUUGAUUUCACCAUCGAGGUCGAGAGAGCGCUGCGCGUUCUGGACGGUGCUGUCAUGAUUCUGUGUGCUGUCUCCGGUGUGCAGUCCCAAACGAUUACCGUCGAUCGCCAAAUGCGCCGCUACAACGUUCCCCGUAUCUCAUUCGUGAACAAGAUGGACCGCAUGGGUGCCAACCCCUUCAAGGCUGUUGAUCAGAUUAACACUAAGCUUAAGAUCCCUGCCGCUGCUGUUCAGGUUCCCAUUGGUUCCGAGGACGAGUUCGAGGGUGUCGUUGAUCUGAUCCGCAUGAAGGCCUUGUACAACGUUGGCGAGAGUGGUGAAGAUAUCGUAGUUAAGGACGAGAUCCCUGAAAAGGUCAAGGCUAUCGCCGAGGAGCGCCGAAACAUGCUCAUUGAGACUCUUGCCGAUGUCGACGAGGAGAUUGCCGAGAUUUUCUUGGAUGAGGCCGUCCCCAGUGAGGACCAAAUCCGUGCUGCCAUCCGCCGUGCUACCAUUAGCUUGAAGUUCACUCCUGUCUUCAUGGGAUCUGCUCUGGCCAACAAGUCCGUCCAACCUAUGCUUGACGGUGUUAUCGACUUCCUUCCCAAUCCUGCCGAGGUUGAGAACCUGGCCCUUGAUCAGAAGCGUGACGAGGCAUCCGUCAAGCUUGUCCCCUACAAUUCUCUUCCCUUCGUCGGUCUGGCUUUCAAGCUCGAAGAGAGCAACUUCGGUCAAUUGACCUACAUCCGUGUGUACCAGGGUACCCUCCGCAAGGGCUCCAACGUCUUCAACGCUCGCAAUAGCAAGAAGGUUAAGGUCCCCCGUAUUGUCCGCAUGCACUCCAACGAAAUGGAGGAAGUCAGCGAAAUUGGCGCUGGUGAGAUCUGUGCCGUGUUCGGUAUUGAGUGUGCUUCCGGUGACACCUUCACCGACGGAACUCUCGGCUACAGCAUGUCUUCCAUGUUCGUUCCCGAGCCCGUCAUCUCGCUCUCCAUCAAGCCCAAGCAGAGCAAGGAUGGUGCCAAUUUCUCCAAGGCCAUGGCACGUUUCCAGAGAGAGGACCCCACCUUCCGAGUGACCUACGAUAGCGAGAGCGACCAGACCAUUAUCUCCGGUAUGGGUGAACUCCACCUCGACAUUUACGUUGAGCGUAUGCGCCGUGAAUACCGCGUCGACUGCGAGACCGGUCAGCCCCAGGUCGCUUACCGUGAAACUAUCGGCGGCCGUGUUGAGUUCGACCACCUGCUCAAGAAGCAGUCCGGUGGACCUGGUGAAUACGCCCGUGUUAUGGGAUACAUGGAGCCGACUGGUGCCCUCGAGGACAACAAGUUCGAGCAGGCAGUCGUCGGUGGCAGCAUUUCCGAGAAGUUCUUGUACGCUUGCGAGAAGGGAUUCAACUUGUCUUGUGACAAGGGUCCUCUGAUCGGCCACAAGGUUCUCGGAACCCGCAUGGUCAUCAACGAUGGUGCCACUCACAUGACUGAUUCCUCUGAAAUGUCCUUCAAGAAUGCCACCCAACAGGCGUUCCGCAAGGCUUUCGCCGAAAGCCAGCCCUCCGUCCUUGAGCCUCUGAUGAAGACUGUUGUGACCGCUCCCACUGAGUUCCAGGGUGAUGUUAUCGGUCUCCUUAACAAGCGUGGUGCCACCAUCAACGACACCGAGACUGGUGUCGACGAAUUCACCAUCUACGCUGACUGCAGUUUGAACGGCAUGUUUGGCUUCAGUACCAACCUGCGCGCUGCUACCCAGGGCAAGGGUGAAUACACCAUGGAAUUCAGCCACUACGAGAAGGCUCCGCCUCACAUGCAAAAGGAACUCAUUGCCAAGUACCUCAAGGCCCAGGCUGACCGCCACAAAAAAUAA